GACUAAGCUGUGGUAGUUGAAGUGACCAUUCACUCCCCGCCGUGGUCUGUCGAAUAAAACCUCGCAAAUACUCCGUUUGGAACUCAGUCGUGGGGCGUACGCAACGCGGUGUUGUCAAAAAAGCGCGCGCACAAUUUGACACUUGUUUUUUUAAUUUCGGCACUCGUAAGGUGUUCGCCGCAUACAGCCAAAAUGAAGUACCUGGUAGCUUUUGCAGUUUUCGCCCUGGCUUUUGCCGCUGAAGAGAAGGCUGAGGAGGAAAGGCCGAAGACUUUCAGGCGGCUGAUCCCGGCUGAUGUGUUGAGAGACUUCCCCGGCAUGUGCUUCGCGUCCACUCGCUGCGCGACCGUUGAACCUGGCAACGCCUGGGACCUGUCGCCCUUCUGCGGGCGCAGCACCUGCGUGGUCAGCGAGGACGAGCCCCCGCGGCUGCUGGAGCUGGUGGAGGACUGCGGCCCGCUGCCGCUGGCCAACGACAAGUGCAAGCUUGACACGGACAAGACCAACAAGACGGCUCCCUUCCCCGGCUGUUGCCCCGUGUUCACUUGCACCGACGGAGCCAAGCUGGAGUACCCAGAACUCCCCACCCCACCCCCAGAGGGAGAGGAGAAGAAGCCAGAAGAAGAAAAACCUAAAGCCUAAGCCAGGCCGUUUAGAAAAAAAUAAAAUUCCGCCCAUAGAUUCCCGCCACUUUGGUUUUUACAAAUGUCAAUUUUACGCGCCUUUUGAAAAUAUCAAAUGAAGUAAAUUAUUUGUUGAACUUCUUCGUGAAUGUAAAUUCGAUUUCAGCUUUAAAUAAUUACAAUGAAGUCGAUGAGUCGAGUUUCUAAUGAAAAACAACAAUGGCGCAGUUCAAAUUCAAAAACAACUUCCCAUUUCCUGUUCUUUAUUCAAAUUUUAAUAUAAUACGAGAUAUCUAUGUCAGUUGUCCGCUUUGUGUAUUGUUUGAAAAAAGAAUGGAGGGAGUACGUUCAAACAAAUUGUGAAAAAAUCUAGGAUAUUACGAAAAUGAUUGUGAUCGCGAGUUUUUUUUAGAAGAUCAGUUUUUUUACUUGAAUACCAGCCUAUUAUUAAUAUUUGUGAUACAUAAAUAAGAAAAUAAAAAGAUAUUCAAUAAAAAAUACAAAAAAUUCUAA